UCUCCCGGCAGAAAGUUAGCAGCGGGGAAGGAACUCGGGGCUGCAACAGCGCGCGGCGGCGGCGGCAGAGGCUGAAGCAGGAGCCGCGGCGGAGCCGGGGAAGCGGGGGCGCUGCAGACGGAGCAGGUGCAGCCGGCGGGUCCGCGCGCCCCCCUCGGUCCCCUUGCCAGAGGCUGAGGGGGGGGUGGUGGGGGGCCGCCCGGACUCCACGGGAAGAGUGGGGAGGGGGGCCAUGCGGCCGGGCUCCCCCCCGGCGCAGCGGGACAGCGGCCAGGGCCGGGGGCGCAGCGGCGUCGCUUCAUGCAGCCGGGGCGGCUGGGCAGCGGCGGCGGCGGCGGCGGCGGCGGCGGGGGCGGCGGCUGAAACCAUGUCCGGGCAGCGCCGGGGGCCGCCGCCGCCGCCGCCGCCGCGAGCCGGGAGCCGCGAUGGCCCCGUGGCCCGCACCUCCUCCGCCUCCGCCUCCGCCUCCACCUCUCGCCGCGCCGCCGCCGCCCGGCGCCUCUGCUAAGGGGCCGCCGGCGCGCAAGCUGCUUUUUAUGUGCACCUUGUCCCUGUCCGUCACCUACCUGUGCUACAGCCUCCUGGGCGGCUCGGGCUCCCUGCAGUUCCCCCUGGCGCUGCAGGAGCCGCCGGGCGCCGCCGCCGAGCCCCCGCCGAGCCCGCCGCCACCCUCUCUGCCGCCUCCCCCCGUGCGCCUCGGCGCCCCCUCGCAGCCGCCCGCGCCGCCGCCGCCGGACAACGCGAGCCGCGGGGAGCCGCCCGAGCCCCCCGAGCAGCCUGCCGCCCCCGGGGCCGACGGCUGGGGGCUGGCGAGCAGCGGAGGGGGCGCCCGGGACGCCUGGCUCCGGACCCCGCUGGCCCCGGGCGAGAUGAUCACGGCGCAGAGCGCGCUGCUGGAGAGGGAAGCGCAGGAGUCCAGCACCACCGACGAGGAGCUCGCAGGCCGGAGAGCGGCCAACGGGAGCAGCGAGAGGGGCGGCGCCGCCAGCACCCCGGACUAUGGGGAGAAGAAGCUGCCACAGGCGCUUAUCAUCGGGGUCAAGAAAGGAGGGACCCGCGCGCUGCUGGAGGCGAUCCGAGUCCACCCGGACGUGCGGGCGGUGGGCGUAGAGCCGCACUUCUUCGAUAGGAACUACGAAAAGGGGCUGGAGUGGUACAGAAAUGUGAUGCCUAAGACUCUGGACGGGCAGGUAACCAUGGAGAAGACGCCGAGUUACUUUGUGACCAACGAGGCCCCCAAGCGCAUCCAUGCCAUGGCCAAGGACAUCAAACUGAUCGUGGUGGUGAGGAACCCUGUGACCAGGGCCAUCUCGGACUACACCCAGACGCUGUCAAAGAAACCCGAGAUCCCCACCUUCGAGGUGCUGGCCUUCAAAAACCGGACCCUAGGGCUGAUCGACGCCUCCUGGAGUGCCAUUCGGAUAGGGAUCUACGCUCUGCACCUGGAAAACUGGCUCCAGUAUUUCCCACUCUCCCAAAUCCUCUUUGUCAGCGGAGAGCGACUCAUAGUGGACCCUGCCGGGGAGAUGGCCAAAGUCCAGGAUUUUCUAGGCCUCAAGCGUGUCGUGACUGAAAAACAUUUCUAUUUCAACAAAACCAAGGGGUUCCCUUGUCUAAAGAAGCCAGAGGACAGCAGUGCCCCAAGAUGCUUAGGCAAGAGCAAAGGUCGGACUCAUCCGCGCAUCGACCCCGAUGUGAUCCACAGACUGCAGAAAUUCUACAAACCCUUCAACAUGAUGUUUUACCAAAUGACUGGUCAAGAUUUCCAGUGGGAACGGGAAGAGGGGGACAAAUGAGGUUAGAGAAGCAGAGGGAAGGCUAGCAAGUAGUCAAGGAGGCUUUUGCCCUGAGUCCUGAAAUCCCCCCACUGGGGUCUGUAACCUCAGCCUCACUGGAGUGCCAAGUAGAUCCCCACCCCCUUUGGCCACCCGGGAUCACUUCCAAUGCUAUAGGCUUAGGCAAAGGGAUGGAUCCCAUGGCAUCCUCGUGGAGGCACUAGGGCAGCGGCAUUUGGUUGACCAGAUGGCCACCAGGAGCCAUGGUUAAUUCUUGUCUUCUGCUAAUUCUGAAGACAGGAUAAGUAGCCAUCAAGGUCAGAGACCAUGCCAGGAAUGUUUAAGUGAUUAAAAAAAAAAAAGAAAAGAAGGAAGGUCUACUUUGGCCACUGUAGGAGCCCAAUUCCUAGCCCUGCCUUUGGCACAGCCCUCUUCUGUACAAACCUUCGCUUUGGCCUGUCUCCAGAAUGCUACUUGUGGCUGAGUGCUCCAGGACUCCUAGGGAGCAAGGUCCUUUUUCUCUGAGGUGUCUCUAGCCUCCUCCUUCAAGGUCUCAUCCCACAACCCUUUGACGUCCCUCCUCCUCCACUUAUGAAGGCAGAGGCAUGCACGGUCCUCACCAGAAAACAAAAAAAAACACAAAGAUAAAAGCUGACACCCUUAGAAGCCUUCGAAGAGCCCUCCAAGGAGGGUCCUGGGCUGUGGUGAAGCUUGGCAUAGACCCUCAUGAUAGAAUCAGGCCUACGUGCCUGUCCCUAGGGCCACAUGAUUGCCUUUGAGUUCUGAGCCCUGUGGUUGGUAGAGAUAAAUGUUAUUUCUGGGGGUGAAAAUGAAGGCCAGAUCUUUCGAUGGGAGGUCUCCAUAUGUGCCGACCCUCAACACCACAGCUCCGAGAAGGCUCUUGGGGUGGGCUCUGUCCCUUGUAGUCCUGAGAGGUGCAAGGACCAGAGAGUUGGCAUGUCUUCCCGUUAUGGGUAAUCCUGAGCAACACAACCAACAGGGGAUCUUGUUUGUCCCGCUGUGUCCCCCUCAUGGUCAUCUGAUGCUUCCCUUACUCUCUUCAGAGAUGGCACAAUGGGGCAGUGACAGAGUGUCGACCCCAUCCAUGGCCGGUCUUCACAUCCAGCCUGCGGAUGCGGGGGAGGGCAAGGGCUGUCUGCGGACACCCCCAUUAAGGGCUGCUGAACCAAGUGUCCCUUCCCAUUACUUUGAUUUGAUUAAAAGGCCGCCUUUGACACCAAGCGCUUGUUCACCGAUCUCCAAAACCAGGAACUGUUCUAGUAAAUUUGGAAAUAUGUAUGAGUGGGGGGAGCUAAGUCCGUUCACCUGUUAUUAAACUCAUUUCUCCCGCUAAAUGAAAACUGUGUUGUUAUAAAGCUUAAUGCAAACCUGACUGAUGGGCUUUGAUGGUGUGUUUGUAUUGGUCACCUCCGACCCCCGCCCCACCCUCACAUUCUGGGAUGAUCCCUUCUCCUCCCCGGGUGGCCAGAAAGCCCCAGAUUAGAGAAUCUUCCAGGGGAAUUCUAUCUGCACAGCCAGAUAAUUCUUCCAAACAGCACAAAGGAAGUGACUCUAAGGAGUGCAGCUUUCUCUUAACUAAUCCCAGCAAGCGGUGGACGGGUACACUAGACUCAGAAACAACCUUCCAGAUAAUUUUUUGUCAGGUAAGAAAGUGGUCUUUGAACCGAAGGCAACGAAUAUACCUUCACCACCGAAGCAAAAGAAGACACAGAUACACACACAGGCACACACGAACCCAUCUCUUCUGAAGGAAGACCGGGCAUGCUGGUUCAGAACAGAGUUCUGUGGGCUGA